AUGGUCAGCACGGAUGUCGACACGACGAAGCAGCAGGCUGCUUGCUGCCUGGCUCCCAACCCCGGCAAGGCCACGAUCCUGGCCCUGGGCCACGCCUUCCCGCAGCAGCUCGUCAUGCAGGACUACUUCGUCGACGGCUUCAUGAGGAACACCCACUGCGACGACCCCGUGAUCAGGGAGAAGCUCAACAGGCUCUGCAAGACGACGACGGUGAAGACGCGGUACGUGGUGAUGUCGGACGAGAUCCUGAAGAGCUGCCCGGAGCUGGCGCAGGAAGGGUCGCCGACGAUGAAGCAGCGCAUGGACAUCUCCAACAAGGCGGUGACGCAGAUGGCCACGGAGGCGUCGCUGGCGUGCAUCGAAGCGUGGGGCGGCGACCUGUCCGCGAUCACCCACCUCGUCUACGUCUCCUCCAGCGAGGCGCGGUUCCCGGGCGGCGACCUGCACCUGGCGCGCGCGCUCGGGCUCAGCCCGGACGUCCGACGCGUCAUGCUGGCCUUCACCGGCUGCUCCGGCGGCGUGGCGGGGCUCCGCGUCGCCAAGGGCCUCGCCGAGAGCUCCGGCCCGGGCUCGCGCGUCCUGCUCGCGACAUCCGAGACCACCAUCGCGGGGUUCCGCCCACCCAGCCCCGACCGCCCCUACGACCUCGUCGGGGUGGCGCUCUUCGGGGACGGCGCGGGGGCGGCCAUCGUCGGCACCGACCCGGCUCCCCUGGAGCGACCGCUCUUCGAGCUCCACUCGGCGCUGCAGCGGUUCCUGCCCGACACCGAGAAGACCAUCGACGGGCGGCUCACGGAGGAGGGCAUCAAGUUCCAGCUGGGCCGCGAGCUGCCCCACAUCAUCGAGGCGCACGUGGAGAGCUUCUGCCAGAAGCUGAUGAAGGAGCGGGAGGGCGACCACCACGACCAGCCGCUGAGCUACGACGACAUGUUCUGGGCGGUGCACCCCGGGGGGCCGGCGAUCCUGACCAAGAUGGAGGGGCGGCUGGGGCUGGACGGCGGGAAGCUGCGCGCGAGCCGGAGCGCGCUCCGGGACUUCGGGAACGCGAGCAGCAACACCAUCGUGUACGUGCUGGAGAACAUGGUGGAGGAGAGCAGCCGGAGGAAGGAGGAGGAGUGCGAAUGGGGCCUCAUCCUGGCGUUCGGGCCGGGGAUCACCUUCGAGGGGAUCUUGGCAAGGAACCUCCAAGCGCGCGCUGCCAACUGA